GCGGCAGCAGGAAGGAGGAGGAGCAGAGCAAAGGAGGACCCGAGAGGCUCCAGCCAUCCCUGAGCUCGCAGCCCCCCGGGACCAUCGCCCCCCAUCCCGCAGGAUUUCCCAAUCCCAGCGCUUAGCAGGAUGGAGGUGGAAGCUGUGAGGAAGAGGAAGAUGCCCCAGGACACCCAGGCAGACAAGGAGCUGAGGAUGGAGACCAGGGAGGACAAAUCCCUGCAGCAGAACCUGGUGGAAGAGGCCGUUUUGUGCAGUUCCACAGCACAGGAAUCCAACGGGGUGGAAAAGGCCCGGAGAUCCCGCACGAGGAGGGGCUGCAAACGCAGAUCACGGGGAUCUGAGGAGGACAGACCCAGCCUGUGCCGGGAAGGCGGCCGGAGAUCCAGCCAGGGCUCUGAGCUGGUGGUCCAUGAGCAGCCUCACAAUGGGGAGAAGCCCCACAAGUGCUUGAAGUGUGGGAAGAGCUUCAGGUGGAGCUGCCAACUGAUCAGGCACCAGAUGAUCCACACUGGGGAGAGGCCCUAUGAGUGUGGGGAGUGUGGGAAGAGGUUUCAGAUGAUCUACACCCUGAUGCGUCACCAAGUGGUCCACACUGGGGAGAGGCCCUAUGAGUGUGCGGAAUGUGGAAAGAGGUUUCAGCUCACUUCCAAUCUCCUCAUGCACCAGCGCACGCACACUGAGGAGAAGCCCUUCCGCUGCCCUGACUGCAAGAAGGGAUUCAGGAAAAAUUCCCAUCUUGUCAGGCACCAGCGCAUCCACACUGGGGAGAGGCCCCACAAGUGUGAGCAAUGUGGGAAGAGCUUCAGCCGGAGCUCCCACCUGAACCGCCACCAGAGGAUCCACACUGGGGAGAGGCCCCACAAGUGUAGGGAAUGUGGGAUGAGCUUCAGACAGAGUGCCAACCUGAUCCAGCACCAGAGGACCCACACCGGGGAGAGGCCCUACGUGUGUGGGGAAUGUGGGAAGAGGUUCAGACAGAGAUCCAAUCUGAUCAGCCACCAAGUGAUCCACACUGGGGAGAGGCCCUACGAGUGUUCCAAAUGUGGGAAGAGGUUUCCCACCAACUCCAGUCUCUUCCUGCACUAUCGGACUCACACAGAGGAGAGGCCCUUCCAGUGCUCCGACUGUGGGAAGGGCUUCAAGCACAACGUCAGCCUUGUCACUCACCGGCGCAUCCACACCAGGGAGAGGCCCCAGAGUUGCCCCGAGUGCGGGAAGAGCUUUAACCAGGGCUCUGAGCUGGUGGUCCAUGAGCAGCCUCACAAUGGGGAGAAGCCCCACAAGUGCUUGAAGUGUGGGAAGAGCUUCAGGUGGAGCUGCCAACUGAUCAGGCACCAGAUGAUCCACACUGGGGAGAGGCCCUAUGAGUGUGGGGAGUGUGGGAAGAGGUUUCAGAUGAUCUACACCCUGAUGCGUCACCAAGUGGUCCACACUGGGGAGAGGCCCUAUGAGUGUGCGGAAUGUGGAAAGAGGUUUCAGCUCACUUCCAAUCUCCUCAUGCACCAGCGCACGCACACUGAGGAGAAGCCCUUCCGCUGCCCUGACUGCAAGAAGGGAUUCAGGAAAAAUUCCCAUCUUGUCAGGCACCAGCGCAUCCACACUGGGGAGAGGCCCCACAAGUGUGAGCAAUGUGGGAAGAGCUUCAGCCGGAGCUCCCACCUGAACCGCCACCAGAGGAUCCACACUGGGGAGAGGCCCCACAAGUGUAGGGAAUGUGGGAUGAGCUUCAGACAGAGUGCCAACCUGAUCCAGCACCAGAGGACCCACACCGGGGAGAGGCCCUACGUGUGUGGGGAAUGUGGGAAGAGGUUCAGACAGAGAUCCAAUCUGAUCAGCCACCAAGUGAUCCACACUGGGGAGAGGCCCUACGAGUGUUCCAAAUGUGGGAAGAGGUUUCCCACCAACUCCAGUCUCUUCCUGCACUAUCGGACUCACACAGAGGAGAGGCCCUUCCAGUGCUCCGACUGUGGGAAGGGCUUCAAGCACAACGUCAGCCUUGUCACUCACCGGCGCAUGCACACCAGGGAGAGGCCCCAGAGUGUCCCCAGUGUGGGAAGAGCUUCUCACAGAGCUCAGCCUUGACCCAACACCAACAGAGGCACUGGUAAGGGAAGCCCUGCAAGUGCCCCGAGUGCGGGAAGAGCUUUGUGACCCACAUUCCCUGGGAUCCACCUUGGGAAUCCACCUGGCUGCUUCUCCUUCUGUUUUGGCCUCAUUUUUCUUCUGAUUCAUCUUCAUCCCUUAAAAACAGUCCAAACAGGGUUAAAAAGAAAGAAGUUGAUCAACUGUGUCUAUUGUCCCACCAUUUCACAGGUGUUUGAGGGGGAAUAUAGGGUUUGGGGACACA